AUGCGACAACUGGUCCUGAAAACAUGGAUCUUUGUGGCGAUUGUCCCAUUAGCUUUGGCCGAUUUCACCCCUCAUUUUCGGAAAUUUCUCCAUGAUAGCUAUGGUGUAAACAUGGCUGGAAUGUUGGAACGUACCGAUCUUGGCUUAGAUGCAUCUUUAGGCGGAAUGGUUUACGGUACCACAUGGGGUGAUGCCGGUACUACGCCUGUAGGAUUGGUAGAUAUGAAAUGUUCCUAUGUGAAACAAAUCAGGUCAUUAAUCAUCGCCGUACGACAGUAUACCGGUACACAAGUGGACGUAAUUGCGUACUCUAUGGGAUCACCAAUAGCAAGAAAAGCUAUCCUUGGUGGACAAUGUGUGGAUACUAGGGAAAUUUUGGGUAACAUAUUUUUCUAUCGACCGCUCGCUAUUGAUUUAUUUGCUUACUUAUCCACCACUGUAGUAUUUAUUUAUUUAUUCGACCCUAUAAUUAUAAGUCCAACCUAA